AUGGCAGCAGUGUGGACCCAAGUUAUGCGAUCCAAGAACCUGGUCCUGAUCAUCUCCAUCCCCCUGCUGCUGCUCCCCCUCCCCCUGCUGCACCCCAGCAGUGAAUCUUCCUGUGCUUACGUCCUCAUAGUGACUGCUGUGUACUGGGUGUCGGAGGCUGUUCCCCUUGGAGCUGCUGCCUUGGUCCCUGCUUUCCUCUUUCCACUUUUUGGCGUGUUGAAGUCUAGUGAGGUGGCUGCAGAAUAUUUUAAGAACACAACACUUCUACUCAUGGGGGUCAUCUGCUUGGCAGCUUCAGUGGAGAAAUGGAAUCUUCAUAGGAGAAUAGCCUUAAGGAUGGUCAUGUUGUCUGGAGCAAAGCCAGGAAUGCUCCUAAUGUGCUUCAUGUGCUGCACUGCUUUGCUCUCCAUGUGGCUCUCAAAUACAUCAUCCACUGCCAUGGUGAUGCCUAUUGCUGAUGCAGUUCUGCAGCAGCUGACAAGCGCUGAUGAGGAGCAUGAGGGGAUGCAGAAUCUCAAUGGCGUUCAUAUGAUAGCCAACCCUAUGAGAAUUGUGAAGCCCCCUACUAAUGGCCAGUCUCUUCCUCAGACCCAGAUUCUGGUUCUUCCUUCUACUGAGUCGAAAGAUCCAAAGUUACAAGGAAAAUACAGAUCUAAACAUGACCAUAUGGUCUGCAAAUGUCUGUCACUAAGCAUCUCCUAUGCAGCAACCAUCGGGGGCAUCACCACAAUUAUUGGAACUUCCACCAGCCUCAUCUUUCUGGAGCACUUCAAGAAUCGGUACCCAGAUGCUGAGGUGGUGAACUUUGGUACCUGGUUUGUGUUCAGUUUACCCAUUACGAUCAUUGUUCUGUUUUUGACCUGGGUCUGGCUACACUGGUUGUUUCUCGGCUCCAAUUUUAGGGAAACCUGCUCCCUCAGUAAGAAGAAGAAGACCAGACAGGAGGAGUUGUCAGAGCGACGUAUCCAGGAGGAAUAUGAGAAGUUGGGGAAAAUGAGUUACCCAGAAAAGGUCACUGUCGUCUUCUUCAUCUUGAUGACCCUGCUCUGGUUUACACGGGAACCUGGGUUUGUUCCUGGCUGGGAAUCUCUCUUUGAAAAGAAUGGUUUUAGGACAGACGCUACGGUGUCAGUGUUCCUGGGAUUCCUGUUGUUCCUGAUUCCAUCUAAGAGACCCCAAUUCACCUGCUUUGGAAAAGAGGAGUCAGGUGAGGACUUUCAGAUGCAGGAAGCUCUGAGCCCCAUGUUGACUUGGCAGGAAUUCCAGAAGCAUAUGCCCUGGGAGAUUGUGGUGCUGGUUGGAGGGGGUUAUGCCCUCGCUGCUGGGUGUAAGACCUCCGGUCUCUCCACUUGGAUUGGUCGUCAGAUGGAAUGUCUGAGCAGCCUCCCCUCCUGGGCCGUCAGCCUCCUGGCUUGUAUUCUGGUCUCUGCCGUUACAGAAUUUGUCAGUAAUCCAGCUACCAUUACUAUAUUCUUGCCAAUCCUAUGCAGCCUGUCUGAAGCUCUUCACAUUAACCCUUUAUACACACUGAUUCCGGUCGCCAUGUGCAUCUCAUUUGCUGUGAUGUUACCAGUGGGGAACCCACCAAAUGCCAUUGUAUAUAACUAUGGACACUGCCAGAUCAAAGAUAUGGUGAAAGCUGGUCUUGGAGUAAAUAUAAUCGGUGUGGGCAUCAUCAUGGUUGCCAUUAACACGUGGGGCAUCAGCCUCUUCCAGCUGAACACAUUUCCAGACUGGGCAAUGGUUCACAACUCCACUCAGCACCUGUGAAUGUAGCCAAGGACCAAAAGGAGAGGGACACUCUGAUCUUGUCCUUCAGACAGAGUCUGGCGGGCGCAGGAACACGUGCGCAGGAGAUCAAGCUGCACACCAAAGGACAUUACCAGCACUCAGAAUCCAUUCUUUUACUUGAAUACAAGGGGCACUCUCUUUGGACAACCUCUUCCCAUAUGUCAUAUUACAUACAUAUGACAGUAAUAGAGACAGGGGUCUUGAU